GGCAUGCACAUAUAGAUGGUAAACAGUGCAGCAUGUCAUCCAGUGAGAGAAAGUGUAGUGGAUAGACCCAGAAUAUUGACAGAUUCUGCCAAAAAAAGAGCAGUCUGCAGCUUCACUUACUCUAAGAAGGAAAAAAUUGAUGUGGUGUCACUAGAAUACCAGAGGAAAGGUUACGAUAAAUGUGAAUAUUUGAUCAAAGCCCCUCCUGAUAGCAACAUCAUCGCCCUCAACUUUACUGAUCUUGUGGGAUUUCAGUCCUCCAUUGGAACAGUGCCAGACACUCAAGCAGGUCAAGUGGGAUCUGAUCCCAAGGAACUGCUGCCUUGCCUACCACCAGAACUGACCAUAAGUGAUGAGACUCGAGGAAAUCUAGGUGUAGUUAGCAACAAGAUUUGCAAAUCUCAGAAUUACCAAUCCCCCCAUGUCUUUCAUUACAAAUCCAAUGUGUUGAAGAUUAUAUAUGUAUGGGUAGAAGAUGAACAGAGCGGUUUCACAUUGGAUAUAAAUUUUCAUCAGAGCUUCAAUAACUGUGUUUUUACUUGUGAUGGAACCCAUUGUUUGGAAAAUAAGAGCCUAAUUUGUGAUCAAGUAUACCAUUGCCAGGACGAGACAGAUGAGCAAAACUGUCCCCAGUCCUCUGUAGGAACAGCUUCCACGACAGUCACUCGAGUUGUGGUCAUUAUUGUGACGAUUACUUUAAUGCCUGUUUUGGCCAUCCUGAUCUGUGUAGCCAGCCCGUGUAAAUCGACACGUCGCAUGUUGCGUCGGUGGACAAAUCGCGACCGUGGGGACGUGGAAAAUCGACAGUUGAGGCCCAGAUCCCAAAUUUCUGAGGCAGGAUUUGGUGGAGCUACGUCCACAUCUUGUGUAUCAGCCAGUCAAGAAAUCUCGGACCCUCAAGAGGCCCUGCUUCGUGAACGACGAAUACUGAAACAUUCAAUGCAAACUGACAUGACCAUUAGCUUACCACCACAAAUACCCAUCUCUCAAGAUGGAGAGGAGGGUUACCAACAGAGUCAAAAGGCUUUGAAAUAUCAGCCUAAAUCUGAUGGUUACCAACAUUGCUUUAGACCCCCACCCAACAAGACUGUGCAUGAUAAAGAGAGCCCGCCUCCGUACUAUUCUCAUUCUGCCUCUGCCAUAGAUAAAGUCGGUCAUUCUCCACUGAAAGUCGGGGGAAGUCCUGACAGCCGAACGACGUCCAGCAACAUGUUGUCCCGGUCGCACAACAUGGAUGCAAUCAACACGGUUAAGUUAACUGUUAGCGUGGUUGCGCUUUUGUUUUGUGUAGUGGGGACAAUUUCCACCCAGCGGAGUGAGACGGACUGGUAUUCUCUGGAAGAAUCAAAAAUCUACAAUCACAAACCAUGUUUCAAAAAGAUGUACCCAGAGGAGAUUCGCGUUGGCAUGAAGCCCCGCCCACAUGAGUACAUGGAUUUGAGCACCCUUCCUUUGAACUGGGACUGGCGAAAUAUCAAUGGAACAAACUACUGUAGUACAACUAGGAACCAACACAUUCCACAAUAUUGUGGUUCUUGUUGGGGAAUGGGAUCAACCAGUGCUUUAGCAGACAGAAUCAACAUCAAGCGUAAAGGUGCGUGGCCGUCAGCCUACCUGUCUGUACAGCAUGUUAUAGACUGUGGGAAUGCAGGAAGCUGUGAAGGAGGGGACGAUGUGGGUGUAUGGCGGUAUGCUAACUCACAUGGUAUCCCUGAUGAGACCUGCAACAAUUACCAGGCUAAGGAUCAAAAAUGUGCUGCUUUUAAUCAGUGCGGAACUUGCUCAACAUUUGGAAAAUGUUUCCAGCUGAGUAACUACACUUUAUGGAAGGUGUCGGAUUAUGGAACAGUUAAAGGCCGGGAAAAAAUGAUGGCUGAGAUAUAUAAAAAUGGACCAAUCAGUUGUGGAAUUGAUGCCACUGAAAAACUCGAGGCUUACACUGGUGGAGUUUACAUGGAAAAGAAAGAGUUACCAAUGGUGAACCACAUUGUGUCAGUAGUGGGCUGGGGAGUGGAUCCGGCCACAAAAACCGAGUACUGGGUUGUACGGAACUCGUGGGGAGAUCCCUGGGGUGAACAUGGAUGGCUGAGAAUUGUCACCAGUGCCUACAAAGGUGGGAAAGGCAAUGACUAUAAUCUGGCCAUAGAGUCUAGGUGUGCUUAUGGAGACCCGAUUAUACCCCCUGGGUACUAAGGAAUUGCAAAAUUCAGAAUGAAAACACUGGUUCUCUCCACUACGUCAUAAUAAUAUUGAAAGUUUUGAGUAAAGACUUGAUUGGUAAUUUAUCUUUAACUGAUUUUUCCCCUAACUGGUGUUGAAGUGUUAAUUAUAAAUAGCAUUGUUUCUAACAAGACUAGAAAUGAAUACUUAAUCAUUGUUCUUAAUUUUAUCUUUGGUCAUUUUCUUGGAGUUUGAAUUUCCAUGCAAUGAAUCAAAUCCAAGUUCUGACAAUCUAAACUCAUGUUAGAGACAAAGCUUAUGUCUCUCGUCACUACAGCGGUGUGGAUCUGUAUCAUACUUUAAUUUACUUAGUGAUAUUAGUUUGUGCAAUCUCAAAGUUGAUAAAAGUGUAUAUUUUAAAAAAAGAUCUGUGUAUUUCAACGUUUUGUUAACUGACAGCUGCAGAUAACAUCUACAUUUCAUUGAAGAUUUCACUACAUGUAUAGAUGGUUGGUGUCUUUGGUUUAAACUUAAAAUGUCAACUUUCAUCAUAAUUUUCUAUUCAAAAUUGAUUGUUGUCACAUUUCAGUGCCGAAAAAUGUCUAUCUUAUAUUGUUUUUUUUAUUAUGUUUUUGAGAUUUAUGUAUUUUUAUUUCAACAUUUUUAAAAUAUUUCUUUAAAAUAUUUAAAAAAUAUUUCUGUAUGGUCGCACAUGGAAAUUCUAUUUCAAAUCAAAAUAAAAUCUUUUAAAAGAA